CAGGGGCUCAGUUAUCUUCUGAUCUUGAUUUGCCGAACCGGUUGCACGGGACUCCACUGAGCUGCACUACAAGUGCAAAUCCCAGUGCUAUCGCUGGGGCUGCGUGUCCGACCGGCAGUUGUAUCAGCUAUGCAGAUUAACCUUCUGAUAACCGGCAACUGCAGCACGCGUACUAAUGGCAGCCACGCCGCUUCCCUGACUCGUCACACCCCUCACUUAUCAUCGGCCGAUCCGACUUCUUAUCAGCACCAAGAAUGGAAGCCGCUUCAAAUAACGGUCUCUUGCCGAAACCUCGACAGGCCAUUCAACACGCACAAUGGGUCUGAAGCAGCGGCUACAAGUGAAACAUGGAGACCUGGUCUCGGGGGUCGACUCCAAUGCAGAUCUGGACCCUAUUCCACGGAAUUCGCCCCGGCGGACCUGGGGGUGGGUCAGUUUGACUGGAUUUUGGAUUUCUGAAGCUUUCUCCAUCAGCAUGUAUCAGGUCACGUCUACGUCGGUGUCGAAAGGGCUGAACGCGGGUCUGGCGAUCGCGGCAGUGGUCAUCGGCCACAUGCUCGUGUACAUCCCAGUGGUGCUUGAUGGAUACGUGGGUUCAAUUUAUGGCAUCAACUUUCCUAUCCUCACCCGUGCCAGCUACGGCAUGCGAGGGAGUUAUUUUGCCGUCCUGAUCCGCGGGCUCGUCGCCAUAAUCUGGUUCGGCACUCAGACGUACCAAACCGGAGAAUGCAUCUCGUCGAUGAUAAGUGCCAUCUGGCCAUCGUUCGAGCACCUACCCAACCACCUUCCCAGUUCGGGGCCUAUAACAUCCGCUCAGCUGCUCUGCUUCUUCCUGGCCAUUAUCGUCCAACUCCCACUUUUAUACCUGAACAUUCCUCAGCUCCGCUACCUCUUUCUCGUCAAGAUGGUUAUUAUGCCCAUCUUCGGCCUCACUUUGUUCAUCUGGGCUGUGGCGACAGCUCACGGCUUCGGUCCUGUCUUCUCCAAACCCAGCCAGAUCACCGACGGGACCCCGGUGGCCGUGGUCUUUCUGCAAUGUGUGACCAGCGCCAUCGGGCCAAAAGCCACUCUUGCUCUGAAUAUGCCUGACUUUACGCGCUACGCGCACUCGCCUCGGCAAAUUAUCUGGACGCAGGCGUUGGGUUUGAUCGUGCUCGUUUCUCUUUGUGGUGUCCUCGGUGCAACAGUCACCUCCGCCAGCGAGAUCAUCUAUGGGGUGCAGACAUGGAACCCGCUCCAGGUGGCUGCAUUAUGGAAUAACCGUGCCGCGCAGUUCUUUGCUGCGCUGUGCUGGUCGCUGGCAGCCAUAGGGACGAAUCUAUCUGCGAAUAGUGUAUCUUUCUCGAAUGAUCUAACGCUUUGGUUUCCUCGGUACAUCAACGCAAGACGGGGUGCGUAUGUAUGCGCGGUGCUCAGCAUUCUGAGCUGCCCAUGGUACAUCCAGAAUGACGCCGCAUCCUUUUCCUCCUUCCUAGGCGGUUAUUCUCUCUUCCUGGGGUCUCUGGCCGGCAUCAUUAUAGUGGACUACUGGAUCAUCCGGAAACGACAGCUGCGCGUUCACUCACUCUACGACCCCCGGGGUACGCACUUUUUCAGGCGGGGUUUCAACCUGCGCGCAUUCGCAGCAUUUAUCUGCGGGAUUGCACCGAAUCUGCCUGGUUUGGCGAAUGCAUGUGGACAGAGUGGCGUACCGGUCGGCGCAGUGUAUCUGUAUUCGCUCAGUUGGCUAGUGAGUAUUCUUGUGUCAGGUGGAGUGUACUGGCUGCUUUGCAAAGUAUGGCCGGUAGCAGUGGAUGACGACGAGGGAGGUAUCUGGGAGGCAGUAGAGGUUACUACCAAGGAAGUCGAGAAUUCCACCCAAUGAAUAGAAUAUCACACUAGAUAGAUUAUCAUUCCAAUGCAGCUACUUAACUACCAAC